GCCGCAAGAACUGAGAUAACCCUACGAGCACUAAUAUACAGAUAUAGCUAUAGCAGUGGAGCGCUAAAGUUCAGCAGCCUAGCUGCUGCUGGUUAACUAGUUUAACUUUAGGGAAUUGUAUGUCUUCAGAAAGGCGGUGCACCGGAUUAUGAGGUGUAAUGAGGUGUGAACUGUUUAUUUGGGCUUUAGAGACUUUUAGAGACGUUUGGGCUCUCAGGUGUUCUGCUGAAAAGCACUGGGGACUGACUCACUCUCAGGGAGUGAUAUAAAAGUGAUGGAGGCUUGUGUUUUCUAUUCAGCAAAAUGACUAACAGUGUGGAGUGGAACUGGCGGGUGGUGGUCGGGCUGCUGGUGCUGGCCUGUGUGGUGGAGGUGGGUGUGUGUCAGCACUGGUCGUACGGAUGGAUGCCUGGAGGAAAGAGGAGCGUGGGGGAACUGGAAGCAACAUUCAGGAUGAUGGAUGCUGGAGAUGCAGUCGUGGCGUUGCCUUUAAACUCUCCACUGCAGCAGAUCACUCCCCUGCAGACUAUAAAUGAGGAAGAUUCUGAAGCUCUAAAGAAGAAAAGAAUCUCCUACAGAAGACGAGGGAGAGCGGAAUAAACACACACUUAUACACACACACACACACACACACACACAUUUGCACCCACUUUCAAUGAAAAAGCUAAAUAAACUCUUCUAACUCUAAA